GUCACCUGACAUGCUGUUUAAGAUUCCCGAGUACCAGGGUGACAGGACUUGUAACACUAUCCAAGAUGGGCGCCAAUUCAUCAAAGCCUAAGGUACGAUUUGCAUCACGCCUGGGGCAAUACAACACUCUCCGCAAUGAUCACGACAUACCUCUUACCAUUGCUGAUGCAAGUGACCGAUCAGAACAAACAUCACGUAAAGGGGUCGCCCAAGAUGGACGACAAGAAGAAGAGGAGGAAGAAGAAGAAGAUUCACUGUACCCUCCUAGUACACACAGCUUCCUAACAGAGACGGACCUGCUGUCUGACACUGAAGAGGAGCCUGGCCUUGUCGAACAACCUAGGGGACAUUUUGUAAAUGCAAAAACAAUGAAGCACAAUGCCCAAGAUCAGAGAGGCCACCAAGUGAGGGCACGACACAUUCACCCGAGCAACCCAGACAUGGGCGAGUGGAGUUCCCAGAAACUUAUCUCACUAUGGCAGACGCCCAACUUGCAAGACGAAAUAAAAAAGUGCAUUCUGUCACAGAAAAUCCACAAACUCAAAACACAAACUAAAAUGGCUGAAAUGUCUAAGUUUCUUGUGCUGGACGACGAACACAUCAGGAAAGUUGUGUUGACCUGUCUUCGACAGUUUGUGUAUGCCUGUGAAGACAAUGUCAAUGUUGAAGAAAUUACCUCAGUCGAAGAGAACGUCUGGAAGAGUCUGAGCCAGCACCAGGAUCACGUGUUUGACCUUGGAAUCCUCAACCUCAUGCUGUUCAGUUGCCUGUUAUGUCAGCCUGAUAGGUCGGAACAAACUGUGGCGAAAUUGAGUGAGAUAUCAACAACCAGAAAGGACAGCAUUGAAGACUUAAUCAAGGAAAAGAGGUGCACAGCAACCCAUGAUCUCCUCAAAGCAAUGCUCCAUUACCACGAAGUGUUUCCUAAACGUUUACGUCGGAAGAGUGGCCUGGCCUUCGGCAGUGAAGUCAAGAAUGCAUUUCAUAUGAAUAAACAGGAAUCCUUAACCCUGGUGAAAAAAGCACACUUCUGUGACAAAUUCACACAUCUCUUCUCCUUGUUGAAACAGACGAUGGUGCCUGGCUGCGAAAACACUCUGUCAUACAUGAAGUUCAUACAUUGUACACUGCUUGAGAGACGAUGUCCUCGUGAGAACCAGGCUCUGAGAAUGUUGCUGGUGACGGGAUGCGUUCAUUCCUUGUCCACCGCUUUCAAUACAGGUGACGUUCAAAUUGGUGAUUUGAAAGAAACUUGGAAGACCGACCUGACUGAGCUGAUCACGAGAACAAUAGAGGACCUGAGAACAUCGUCUCGCCCAGGGCUGUUGACCUGUAUCCGUGGCCCUCACAGCAGAGCGUGUCAGGAAAACCGACUUCACUGUCUCAUCCAGGAGACAUUACCUCUACUGUGGCAUGCAGGAAUGUCCGUCAGGAAGCCAAUACGUGUCAUACACGAAAGUUCUGACGAGCUUAUGUUACAAGAAAUAGUUGUGCAGGAGAUUGAGAGAGGCCAGGCUUAUGCUGGACUGCAUGUUGAUGACGAAGCCAUUGAAAGCAGUCCUCCAUUCCGAACCUGUAAAGGACGCAUGGGUACACAGAAGGUCCUCAUUCAUGCACACAAACCCCACUUUAACCAGUUUUAUUGUCCUGACUUUUACAAAUACAUUGAUCAAAGCAUGCGGGAUAGAAUGCACAAUUUUGACAUGUUGCGCAAACUGAAGAGCCAUCCAAACCUGGUUGAGCUGUUCGCCUACAACGUGACGUCAGUUCCCAUGUACUACGUGGUGGAGGACUGCCAACAGAGGACACUUCAGCAUCACGUUCUACAACGGAGGAUGAGCAUUGACUGGCUGACAGACCUUGAACUGUGUGACUUUCUCAUGGAAAUCACAUCUGGACUGAAGGCGCUGCACCAGCAGAAGGUUCUAUUACGGGAUCUCACGCUGAAUAACAUGUUCCUUGUUGGAAACUCAGUGAAAAUAGGAGAUCUUAGUGUGGCUUGUAGCAUCCAGUCAGAUAGUUCUGUUGUUAGAGAUUUCUACCCUGGAGAGAUCCCAACCCGGUGGACAUGCCAUGAGGCGUUGCUGGAUGGAGCGUUUUCUCCCCAGUCAGACAUCUGGGCGCUAGGCCUCGUCAUCUACUGUCUGUGGACCCAUGGCUGUGACCCCUUCACAGAAUACUACAACGACAGCACGGAGGAAGUCAUGAGGAUGGUGAUGUUCGAAAAUAUUCUCCCCUUCCAAUGGUAUUGCAUCCCAGACGAGAUGUACACUUUGUUGUGCCGCUGCAUGAGAAAGGUUACUGAAGAACGGAUUGAGCUCGGUGUGUUCAGAGACGAACUGCUGAAAUAUAUUGAGCAAGUGAAGCCGGAUCCCAUAUAUGGUGAGACAGCGGACCCGCCAUUUGAUGCAAUAGUAAAGAAAGACUUGUACUACCCCAUACUCUCUAGACAACAAAUAGACCGGAAGCAUGUGCCCGAGAAGGGAGUUCCAAGAUACAUUCAUGAAUUUAGAAAAGUGAAGGAACGGGGAUAUGUGAACAUGAGGAGGAAUGAGUGGAGAGCCUCAACGAUACCUGUCGUGACGCAGGCUGAACUGAAGGCGUCGGAUGACAUCAUACUGGAACAAAACCCUACUGGAGGAAUCACAGUCAAGGAGGUUAUGACAGAGCAGUUUGUGAAGGAUAGCCUUCCCAAGUUGACUGCUGGUGGUUUUCCCCAGAUCGGAGACUGCAAUGACACGAAGACAGAGCCUUAUGGACCUGGAUUCUAUUUACAGCACCGACUGUACCCAGGCUGUGACACCCUUGAUGAUGUUGCUGGGACCCAUGCCCUUGACACCAAUUUUCUAUUCGGGUGCAAUGGACUCAUAGAGCGAUACAUCCACCUAUGUUACCAAGUAGCUGAGGCACUUCGGGACUUCCAUGAGAAGAACUGGCUCCACAAUGAUCUUAGAGCUAAAAACUUCUUGGUCAACCGGUCAACUGGUGAAGUUUACGUCAGUCGUAUUUGCCGAAUGAAGCAACUCUCACACAGAUCGGACAUUGUCGUCAGCAGGGAAGAGCCGCCAAGAGAGAAUAAACGAUGGCAUGCCCCAGAGACGCUGAUUGAAAACACCUUCUCGGCUCCUGGAGACGUGUACAUGUGGGCCAUGAUGACGUUUGAGGUGCUUCAGUCGUAUGACCUGCACAGCAUAAAUCCAUCCAGGUCGAAGAUCCUCCGUGUCCCUUACUGCAUGUUGAAGAAUAAGGAGCUUAUCAUGGCUAAACAGAACGGAGACUUUCCCACCAGGCCAGACCAAUGUCCCGAAUGGUUGUAUACCUUAUUGCAGAGGUGCUGGCAUCCAGACAGAUCUCAGAGGCCCACUAUCGACAUGGUUGUUCAGGUCCUGCGGAACAACCUCCGUGAUGCCAUUGCUUCCCACCAGAGAAGGAUUGAGCUGAGUCAAGUGGUGUACCAAUACCCACCUUCAGAAGGUCCACCUGUCCCGUGUCAAAGGUCUCGACCCAGACCCAGGAAGAGGCUUGAAAAAAUUAGAAAAACUCUAAAAGUCAUCUUCAAAAGAAAUCAAAAUGAACCCCCGGAAGACCAUGUUUAUCAUGACUAUGAACACGCCCCAUACAGCCAGGCGAACCUGUAUGAGUCACUAAAGAUACGGCAAACAAUCACAUCUGAACGCAACAUGCAGGGCGCUAGAGCAGAGGAUGUCAGGCUGGAAUAUCUCUUCUCAAGGACAGACCCAGGUGAUCAGUCGCGUGAUGACAGAGUACAGCUAAGGCCUCGUCGAGGGCGUAAAAGCGCAAGAAGUCGAAUUCAGGAGUGGAUGACAUGUAGGCAUUUCCCACGUUCUUCAUCCUCUGCGGUCUCGAGAACAUCGCCAUCUUUCAGACGGAGGCCCACAAGACGCAGUUCAUCUACACAUGUGAAGAGAACUGAACGCGAGGGGACAGAUAACCCGGCAUACAAUUGUACAGAUGACACAGACGGUGAGGGACACAGAAAUGAGAGAGACGAUGAAGGGGUUUAUCUGAGGGCUAUAGCUGAUGUCCAACAUGAAGAUGAUUAAGCCACGCUUAACGAAGAUGCCCUCACCAAUGACUGAUCUUGUAGAAGUUAUCGGAGAUGUUAUGACAACUGCAAACUAGAUAUAUCCACUUGUAUAUGUCUUUUAAAGAUAAGAUAUACAAGACCCAAUCAAUUUUGUAUAAAUAGAUAUACAAGACCUAAACAUUUUUGUAUAAAUGAGAUGUACAACACCUAAACAAUUUUGUAUAAUGAAUAAAUUAUUUGUAAAUUAAUAGAUUACUAGCAACUUGGAGAAAAAGACAUUUGACGCUGAUAGGGAAAAUUACUGUUAUUAAGACAUUGGCUCUUUCAAAAUUAGUUCAUAUUUUUAACACUUUACCUAACCCUCCAGAUGA